UUUAAGUAUGUUUGUGUGUAUUCAUAUCCGUUUAUGUGUUUGGAUUGAUGGGUAGAUGUGAGAUCUCUUUUUCUUGAUCAAUUCUAUGUUGGUUGCUUUCUAAGUUUUUUUGUUAUAUUUUGUAGUUUUGUUUGUUUAUUUUAUGUGUGAAAGUUCAAAUUGUUUGUUUGUUGGUUGAUGUUUAUGUGAGGUGUUUUUCACGAGUGGGGCUUCAGACUUACCCAUAUCUUGUUUUGUCGACUGGAGACAAAAGAUUGAAUCAUUUUGCAGUAUAUAGUUCAUUUAUUUAUUUAUUUAUUUUUGAAAGCGGAAAAUGUUCUCUUUUUUUUCCCCUUAAGUCUUAUUUGAAGAAAAAAAAGGGUUUCUAAUUCUCACUCAUUGAUUGGAACUCAUAGUUGCAUCAAGUCAUUGAUGCUAAUGCUGAGCUACUAUAGCUGUAGUUCAGUUCUUCAUUUUCCUUUCUUCAAAUUUUGGAAGGGCCUAAUGACAAAGGGGGGAAAUUUUCCUAAUAUUUGCAUGGUUUUUUAAUUUCCUUUUUUUUAAAACAAUUUUGGCCAAUUUAGUGAGGCAGAACGGAGAUGUGUGCACAAAAACUACAGUAAUCCCUCAUCCUCCUCCCCCCCCACCUAUCUUAAAUGGCAAAAGAAGAAUUAUGAAAAUCAAACUAAUCCUGAUAUUAGUGGCUACUGAAGUCCACGUUGUUUUCAUUUGCACAAUCUUUUCUACAUAUAAAUGCCAUUGCCUAAUUACAUUCCCACCGAAUUUAGGUGGAAGGGUGGAGAAUUAAUUAAUUGUGUUUCAUGCACACAUUUUUAACAUUGGUUGUGUCAUGCGAUGGAGAAUAGUCAAAGGUGCAAGGUGACCAUUUGUUUGUUUGGUUUGGCCCCAUGUGAAAUUUGCAUUGACAAAUGGUGUGAAGUGUUAACGUUUGUCGAGUAAAUAAACUUUAUUAUCAAUUGGAAAUGUUGAGUUUCUUUUUCAGAUUCACUCUCUUGAGCGCAAGAUUUCGCAUCUUGUUGUAAUGUUGUGAUGGGCAAGAGAUAAGCUUUUGGUCGAAUAUGAGAUCUUAAUAGACAGACGAAGCAUGAACGUCUGUCGAAAAAAAAGAAAAAAAGAACAGGGGGGUAAAGAUGGCAACUGUGACUGUUCCCUCUCAAUGCAUGGUCAAAAUUGCACCCAAAAAUCAGUUUGCUAGCACCAUUAUCAAGAGUCCAUCUUCACUUGGAUCAGUAAGGAGCAUCUCCAAGUCAUUUGGCUUGAAAUGCUCCCAAAAUUUCAAAGCAUCAAUGGCGGUGUACAAAAUUAAGCUGAUUGGGCCAGAAGGCGAAGAGAAUGAAUUUGAAGCCAGCGAUGAUACAUACAUCCUAGAUGCGGCUGAGAGUGCUGGAGUUGAGCUACCCUAUUCUUGCAGGGCUGGGGCUUGCUCUACUUGUGCCGGGAAGAUGGUGUCAGGCUCAGUUGAUCAAUCUGAUGGUUCCUUCCUGGAUGAGAAUCAAAUGGAGGGGGGUUAUCUGCUGACUUGUGUUUCAUACCCAACUUCAGAUUGUGUGAUUCACACUCACAAGGAGAGUGAACUUUGCUGAGUACUGUUUGUCAUAAUUCAGUAGGCCAUGACACUUAUGUAAACCUGCUAAGGAUUCAUAUGAUGGUGAAGGUUCCUUUGGACCUUUGGUACUCUUUAAGUUCUUUUUUAUAAUCAGUCAGUUGGUGAUGUUCACCCAUCCAGUUUGUACUGGUAAUUCUGUUGCCUAAUUUUAUUAACUUUCAUGAAAUGUGAUCAUUUUCAAACUA